GGUCACGUGACGCGGCUGCCGGGCUUCCAAGAUGGCGGUGUGCGUGGCGGUCAUCGCUAAGGAGAAUUACCCUCUUUACAUCCGCAGCAGCCCCACUGAGAAUGAGCUGAAAUUCCACUAUAUGGUACACACGUCCCUAGAUGUGGUGGACGAGAAGAUCUCUGCCAUGGGGAAGGCCUUGGUGGACCAGAGGGAGCUCUACCUGGGCCUGCUGUACCCUACGGAGGACCACAAGGUGUACGGCUAUGUGACCAACUCCAAGGUGAAGUUCGUCAUGGUGGUGGAUUCCUCCAACACGGCGCUGCGGGACAACGAGAUCCGCAGUAUGUUCCGGAAGCUGCACAGUUCAUACACGGACGUGAUGUGCAACCCCUUCUACAACCCCGGGGACCGCAUUCAGUCCCGGUGGGCCGUUUCUCUCCGCAGGGCCUUCGAUAGCAUGGUGACGUCCAUGAUGGUCCAGGUGUGCUGAGUGACAGCCCCGCCGCUGUCGUAGGGGAGAGGCCCUGGGGACAUGACUGUAUCAUCGUGCGGACAUCCGUGAUCGCUUGCCUGUUUCUGAGCCUCACGGACGUGCUGCUGGGGGCACGGUCUCAGGCGCGCUGCGUGCAGACUAAAUGUCCUCUGGGAUCGGAUUUGGCGUUUUCCUUGUGUCAGCGGAGGAUUUAGCUGGAGGGGGUAGCACGGGACACUUGAGGACACCGCACAGCUCGGGGGGGGGCAGGGAGGGUGGUGGGAGAGCCCAUGGCGCCUCGGCCCUAAAGUUGCUGCCGCUGCAGGGGGAGCUGACAGAGGUGCAGGGAGACUUGGGGUGGGCCUGUGCUCCGGAGGCUGACCUGGCGGGGAGGUGUGGCAGGCCUCCAUGGCCAGAGCCAGGUCUAGACCCCCGCUGCAGCCCACACACCUCCCCCUGCACGGAGGGGCCUGCAUGGGUCCGGUUUUGCGCUGGGCCUCGGGAGGCCCCCCUCACAGAGCCCGGGAGCUUUGACUUGGGUUGUCAGGUGCCACUGGCUUUCUGAGGGCAGAGCAGGUAAGUCCCAGAGGCCUCUUUCUCUGUUGGGGCCCGGAUGGGUUAGGGGAGUCCCUGCUCACUUACUUCCCUGGCAGGCCCCCGAGCUGGGGGGAGGGGUCCCGUUGGGGCGGAGCCGAAGGUUACUGGAUUUCUGUACUCUGCUUCCCCAGAGGCCUGCCCGGCCAAGUGCACGUGACUGUGCCUUCCCGGUUGGCCUGGGCUCUAGUCCCCUUAGUCACUUGUUGAGCACACUGGCUUUGAGUCACUGGCCCCAAGACAGCUGUGAGUCCCUCCCUCCCCUCCUCAGUGCGCCAGAGAAGGCCUCUGACAGGAGGGAGGCAGCUCGGGGCCCCCUGGGCAAUGGGGAAGGCUGUCCGCGUCCGGAUGGAAGCCAGACACCUUCGCAUCGCCUUCUCUUCCCGUCUGCGGAACACGGGACUCGUGCUCGCAGUUCAGAAGCAGAGGGAGAACUCAGGCAGCAGCGGGUAUUAAACCCAAGUCCCCGGACCCCACCUCCCACCGCAGGCGGACCGGGAGGGAGGCCUAGCGGAGGGCUGAGAGGCACCGACCAGCGGGUGCUGGUUCUCAUGCCAGCCCUGCACUCUCAGCCGCACUUCCUAGUAUUUGCUCCCGCCUGAGUAGUGGCCGCGGGCAGCCUGCACGUUGCUGGCUGGCUUCCCUGCUGAGAGAGCCCCAGCGUUGUUGGCUACAGUUGACUAUCGGAAGAUAUUUCCUCCUCUCCAUACCCCCCACGGGGGGUCAUUACGGCACGUGAGUGGAUGGUACUGGGAGAUACUUGGAAGGGGGACUCAGCCAGCAGGUGGAGUCCCCGGCCUUCGUCGUUUUCCUUCUGCGUCUUGGAUGUGAUGGCUGACGCUAGGGCAGCCCUCUCGAACGACGAGGAAGCGCUUUCUCUCCCCCAGAUGGGGAGCAGAAAGCCAGAAGGAAUGUGGGUUUUGCUGACCGGGGCCUGGACUUCUUACAGUCAGCAUUCUGUAGAGGAAAAUAAAGAAAACCGCUGUCCUGUGGAAGGCACCGCUGUUCGGGUCUUUCUGUAGGUGCAGCCAGCCCAACCCUUAA